AUGUCGCUUUUCUCUCAGUGGAGCUCGCACCCCGAGGUUCUUCGGGAUCUCUUCAAAGCAACCAGCCCUGCAAGUGUCGCCGAUUAUGCUGCUUUGACUGUCCUCAGCAUCAUAGCGGGAACCUAUGUCUCCCGAGGCAUUCUCUGGGACCGGCCCGAUCCUUAUCUCCAUCUUGUGUACGAACGGCCGCAAUUGAAGAAUGGCGGCGCGGCUGGCUCCAAUGCCAGUAAGCAGACCCGCAACAUUGCUCAGAAAACGGAUGAAACGGGCAAGAAUGUCGUUGUCUUUUGGGGCUCCCAGUCCGGCACUGCCGAAGGUUUUGCGCACCGGCUGGCCCGCGAGGUCUCGCUACGGUUCGGUCAGGAGGCCAUGACAGCCGACUUGUCCGAUUAUGAUCCGGACUCUGUUAGUAUGAUCCCUGAUUCCAAACUGGCGAUCUUCAUUCUCUCGACCUACGGUGAGGGUGAUCCCAGCGACAACACCGCCGAGUUCUGGGAUUGGGUUCACAAGACCCAGAACGUCUCCCUGUCCAACCUCCGCUACGCUGCUUUCGGUUUGGGCAACAGCAACUACAAGUUCUACAAUCGCGUCGUUGACAUCGUCGCGGACGCUCUGGAUCGGUUUGGGGCUAAGUCGUUGAUGCCCGUCGGCAAGGCCAACGAUGCCGAGGGCACAACGCAGGAGGAUUUCAUGAGUUGGAAGGAGGAUCUGUUUGCCACGUUCAAACAGCAGCUGGGUUUUCAGGAAGGCGAGGUCAAGUAUAUGCCGACGCUGUCCGUCCAGGAAGACGAGUCGCUCGAACCCAUCGACCUUCACCAUGGAGAACCGGACAACCGCCGCGACUCGUUCAAAUCCGCUGCUCAAUGCUCUCCCGUACGGGCAGUCGACAUCAGCAGCACUAGGGAACUAUUCACCUGCUCUGACCGCCACUGUCUUCACAUCGAACUCGACCUCAGUAGUCAACCCGAGUUCACAUACAAGACCGGUGAUCAUCUGGCCGUCUGGCCGGGCAACCCAGAUGCCGAAGUGGACGUCCUCGUCAACGCUCUGGGACUUCCUCCGUCCCGCCACGAGGUACCCAUCAGCAUCACAUCGCUCGACCCAGCAACUAAAGUGAAAGUGCCCACUCCCACGACCCCCAUUGCCCUCUUCCGCUACUAUCUGGAGAUCUGUGCCCCUGUCAACCGCGACACUCUCCUCGGACUCUCCCAGUUUGCCCCCACGCCAGCAGCCAAGGACUUCCUUCUCCAGCUCGGGCAGGACAAGACCGCCUACGCCAGCUUUCUCAACCACACCCACCUCACCCUUGGCCGGCUUCUGCAGCUCGCUUGCCCCGAUACCCCGUGGACAACCCUCCCACUCUCCUACCUCAUCGAGACGCUCACCCUAGUCCAACCCCGCUACUACUCCAUCUCCUCCAGCAGUGUCCUCGCCCCGCGCAAACCAUCCAUCACCGUCCUCGUCUCCUCCGCCCCGCUCCCGGCGAACCCAACCCAAUCCAUCCACGGCCUCACGUCCAACUACCUCCUCGCCCUCUCCGCGUCCCUCGCCUCCCUGACCGGCGGCAAAAUCCACGCCCACCUCCGCCGCAGCCGCUUCAAACUCCCGCUCAUGAGUAAAUGCCCGCUCGUCAUGGUCGCAGCCGGCACGGGUCUGGCCCCUUUCCGCGCCUUCAUCGCCGAGCGCCGCCAGCUGAGCCUCCUCGGCAAGGAAAUCGGCGAGAUGAUCCUGUUCUUCGGAGUCAGCGGCCAGAAAGUCUACGUGCAGGACCGGAUCGCCGAGCAUGCCCCCGAGGUAAUCCGGCUGAUUGACGAGGGCGCGAACGUGUACAUCUGCGGCCGGGCGGGGAUGGCCCGCGAGGUGGAAAAGACAGUGGGGGAGGCGAUGCGGGCUGCCAGGGGGUGGAGCGAGGCCGAACUGAACGAGUGGAGUAAGGCAAUCAAGAGGAAGAAUAAGUGGCAGGAGGAUGUAUGGGGGUAG